AUGGUGCUGAAUAAGUAUAAUAAUACAGCAGAGGCGUUUGUUGGUAAGAAAGUCAACAACGCAGUCAUCACAUUUCCGGUUUAUUUCAAUGACUCACAGCGACAGGCAACAAAGAACGCGGGCACUAUUGCAGGCAUCAAUGUGCUCGGAAUCAUUAUUGAGCCAACAGCAGCAAUAGCAUAUGGACAAGACAAGAAAACAGAGAGAGAAAAGAACUUGAUCUUUGAUUUUGAAUUUGGAACAUUUGAUAUGUCACUUAUUGCUAUUGAUUAUGGUAUCUUUGAAGUUGAGGCAACAGACGGCAACACACACAUUGGUAUUAAAGACUUUGAUAACAGAAUGGUCAACCACUUCAUUACUGAGUUCAAGAGAAAGUACAAAAAGAUAAAUCGAGUAAUGCACGAGAAGUCAAAAGACAAAGAACAUCACGUAAAAGGGCAAAGCGAACACUAUCAUCUGUAG